AUGCAAAGUCAACGAUUGGAUGAUCAACGUUGUGAAAUGCCCGAUGCGAAUACAGCACAGCAAGACCAAGAGGUGUUGAAUGAAGAGAUCGAAGAAGAAGAACUGAGCAGUAAUUUUUGUCCGAUUCAUUCGAAAUUUCUGAACAAUUUGAAGAAUGGAGAACAGCACACAGCCAUUGAAAUGAUGUUCGCUGCAAAUGCUGCUGAAUCGUCAGUGCUGACUGCAGGUAAUAAUAGAACCGAACAUGGUAAUGCUGAUGAUGAUAGUGAUAAUACGAAUAAGAAACUGGAUACAAAGAACCAACCAUGUAGUUGGUGUUGGCUAAGGGGCGGAUUCGGAUGUAAGAAUCGUAACGAUCAGAAGCGGAUGGUGCACAAGAAGAUGGCGGUACAGUAUUCGUCAGAUAUUCCAUGUGAAGCACCUGCAGCUCGCAACAGUGACAUCAUCCGCAUUGGCAGUGCUCAUUUCAAGAUGGAACGACAGCCGAAAGCAAGCACAAAAACCAGAGUCCUUCAUAAUGUGUCUAUAACUCCACCGUCUAUUGCUGCUACUGCGAAUGAAGUUUCCACUGAAAAGUCGACUGCUAUCAAAACGUCGUCUGUUGUGAAACAAGAUUCGAAUAUUGUGAAGAACCAGCGUAACAGUCCACGAACAUCAACACCAAUGACGUCAAAAACAUCACUCAGCUUGCAAGAAUGCCUUUCAAGCAAAAAAUCUGCUGGAACAACUUCGAUUGAUGAUGCAACUCGCAAAAAACACUCAUCAAAGAAAUCUUCGAAUGGUAUUCUUGCAUCAAAGAAGGCAGCAAACGAUCAUACUUCUUCAUCAUUGAAUCCAACAAAAAAUACUACCCUUACCCUUACCAAAACAUCCACAUCUAUUGCCGAUACUACUUUCAAUAAAUCUCCUAAUCAGCUCAAUCUUUCUGCCGAAAAAAGCACCUCACGGAUGUCGAAUCUCGGUGCUAACAGCAGUAAUUCAACGAAAAAUUGCACACAUCUAUUGCCUCCUGUGAAAAGCGCAUCAAACUGUGCGCAUCAUCAGUCUUCUCAUAAUCCGUAUUCGAAAGAUGCGUCAUCAAAAAUGUUGGUUACAAAUUCCGAAUGUUGUUCGUCUUCAGCAACAGAUACACGUCAAGCCAACUUCUCUAAUUCAUCGUUGAGAAGUGACACUUAUUCACAAUUGUCGAAUGCUUCUGCAGGCCCAAGAUGGUUUUGUCGUGGUGCAUUCAGACGUGAAUACAGCGAUAUACCAAUCUCACAAAAUCGUCCUAAACUUGAGCAACUGAAGGCGCAUUUUUUGACCUCAAACGGCCACAAUCGACGUCUUUUUUCAGAGACAAAUUGGCAUUCAGAGGCAGCUGCUUCUUCUUCUAGUAAUCGCACAAAACUUUCACAAAUGGGUGUUGAUUUGAUCCAUUCGAAAGGCCAUGCUCGAAGGCACAGUAGCAUUUUGGGUUUAUUCAUGCUCAAAAAGAAAUCGAGCAAUUCAGCGCUGUCCUCUUCAAGCACUCUUUCUACCACCACAUCUACUGCUCACAACAGUAAUUUUAGUUCCUCUGCGAUCACUGUUUCACCUAAUCUCGUUCCGCACAAAUCCUCUUCAACCCUCCAAACUGCAGCUCAUUUUUGUUCUACUCCACCAUGUGAGAGGAAAGCGUUCAGGGACAACACUAAAACGAGAGAAACGAUAAAAGAGCUGUUAAGCCGUCAGGGACCAUAUCCUCAGAUUGUUUUACCGCCGAUGGGUGGUUACUGGAUGGAUGGAGUGAACAGUUGUACGAUCAAUAUUGAUGACGAAAUUACCGCAUGCUCCCCAGCAAGCAGUAGCAGUUGCGCACGCUUCAAACUGGAGACCGACGAGACUUCACACUGCUAUAGGAGAUAUUUCGUUGGAAGAGAACAUCACGAUUUCUAUGCAAUUGACAACAACCUUGGUCCACUUGUGCUCUCGGUACGAACCGAAACGAUCUCCUCUCAGGAUCAUUUCCGGAUUAUGCUGCGGACCCGACAUGGCACAGUGCAUGAAAUUGUUCCAGCAUCAGCUCUUGGAAAUCGUCCAUCAGCCAGUCGAAUGGCACGUUUAUUAUGCGAUGAAGUUACCACGGAACGAUUUUGUCCAAUUGCAUUCCCUGGUGGAACAGAUAUGAUUUUACAAUACGAUGAACAUGUGCUUACGAAUACCUAUAAAUUUGGUGUUGUUUACCAAAAGUUUGCGCAGACAACAGAAGAAGAAUUGUUCGGUAAUGCCAACAUAUCAGAUGCUUUCGAUGAAUUUCUUGAUGUGCUUGGUGAUCGGGUUUCACUGAAAGAAUUUGAGGGUUAUCGAGGUGGUCUAGACACACAACACGAUCAAACUGGCUCCGAAUCAGUGUACUGCCAGUUCAGACAACGUGAAGUAAUGUUUCAUGUUUCAACCAUGCUUCCGUUCACUGCCGGUGAUGUUCAACAGCUGCAAAGAAAACGACAUAUAGGCAACGAUAUUGUUGCCAUAAUAUUCCAGGAAGAGAAUACACCGUUUUCACCAGAUAUGAUCGCGAGCAAUUUUCUGCAUGCCUUCAUCGUCGUGCAGCCGAUCGAUGCUGGUUCGGAAAAAUUACGAUAUCGGGUAUCAGUUACUGCUCGAGAUGAUGUUCCAUUUUUCGGUCCAACCCUUCCAGCGCCAUCCAUAUUUCGUAAAGGACAAGACUUUCGCAACUUUCUACUCACCAAGUUAAUCAAUGCCGAAAAUGCUGCAUACAAGUCUGAAAAAUUCGCUAAACUUGCGGAACGAACGCGUUCCUCGCUGUUGGAUGUGCUUUAUGGAAAUCUCAAAGAACGUGCCGAAUUUUAUGGACUUCCUUUACUUGAAUCCACCGACAAUAUGCCUCCUCACUCUCUGGGACUCUUUCAUUCGGUCAAAAGAGCAAUCACUGGCCGUUCACGUUCUGUAUCUCAAGAAAUGAAUACUGUUGCGAUACGUUCCAUAACAUCUAACUUGGUUAGUCCUAGUCGCUCGAAUACAACCGAUCGUAAGUCAAUACCAAACGCUGAUGCACUCUCGAAAAGUUCAAACUCAUCGACUAGUGGUGCUGGAAGUAGUAUACAUCAACCAAACUCAUCUGGCGAUGUGCAUCGAAAGAUAACAUGUGACGAUUUAUACGGAAAUGAACAGCGUCUUAAUCAGUCUGAAUCGGUUACAUCAUCGGCAGCUAUUAUUAGUGGUGUUCAAAAGCGUAUUGUUUCUCGGACUUCUUCAGCUAAAACUUCAGCACAACCUGUAGAACAACAAGGGUUGCCUGCACUGCCUAUAAUCUUCAAUUCAAUCUUGUUUUACAAAUCAAAAGAAGAUUUUUUCAGGAAGCGUCAUCAGCCGGAAUGGGAUGUUUCAAGUUUGGAGAAUGAUAGCAUCGAAAUGGAGCAUGAUUCAGAUACAGGCAUGGAAUCAAUGUCGUCAACUGAAGUGCCUCACUCGAAUCGCUUAUCAUGUAGUUUUUGUGUGGAUGGUGCAUCAGCGUUCCACGAGGAAGAAAUGAGACGUCUUGAUGAGUUAUUGACAGACGUUGAAAAACUGAAAAAUGAGAAAGCAGAUCUUCUCAGGCAGAAUGUUUCUUGUAAAACCGAUAUCAAGAAACUCAAACAACGACAGUCGUUGUUGAGCAGUGAUUUGGAUCGUGCAAAUGAGGAGAUCGCAAGACUGCGUAAGUUAUUAAAGCGACCGUCUGUAAGCAACAACGACACAUUUGUGACUGCACAUCAAAACGUUCAUCCAGAUAUAUCUUGUUGUACUGAAGAAGAAAAUAAUGAUAUUUGA